UCCAGAAAGCUAUCCAUUGCAAGACCAAACCACGCCGACAGCGCGAAUUUCGCGGCAAAAUUUGAACUCCUCCCAUGGCGACGCCCCUAGCCGCCUCCAUUUCCAGCCACCUCCGAGCUCCGCCGCCAUGGCCGCCUCCCAAGAGCACCAGCCAGAGAGCGAGGGUUCGGUGUGGCGUCCUCGCACCGUCCGGCCAAGCCUCGGAGGCUGCCGCUCCUCCGAGGGACGCCGAGAAAUCGCCAAACUGGCCCCCGAGUUCCGACGUGAACCUGCGGAUUCAGAGGCUGUGUCGGUCGGGUGACUUGGCGGAGGCUUUGCGGUUGCUCGGCUCGGAUGGGGUCGAUGACCGGAGCUACGGCGCCGUCCUCCAGCUCUGCUCGGAGAUGAGGUCGUUGGAGGGUGGGAAGAGAGCCCAUUUCCUGGUUCGGGCAUCCGGCCUUGGAAUAGAUGGAAUGGACAGUGUUCUCGGGCAGAAAUUGGUGCUGAUGUACUUGAAGUGUGGGGACUUGGGGAGUGCAAGAAGGGUGUUUGACGAAAUGCCUCAGGUAGGCGAUGUGCGUGUUUGGACUGCUCUGAUGAGCGGUUAUGCCAAGGCCGGCGAUUUACGAGAAGGUGUGUUGCUGUUUAGGAAGAUGCACUGCUGUGGGGUUCGACCGGACGCGUACACCAUUUCCUGCGUCUUGAAGUGCAUUGCUGGUUUGGGCAGUAUCGCGGAUGGCGAGGUAGUUCAUGGGUACCUUGAGAAGUUGGGUUUUGGCUCGCAUUGUGCAGUUGGAAAUGCGUUGAUGGCUCUGUACUCAAGGUGUGGCUGUAACGAGGAUGCUUUGCGGGUCUUUGAAGGAAUGCCUCAGCGGGAUGCUAUUUCUUGGAAUUCUGUGAUCAGUGGAUGCUUUUCAAAUGGAUGGCAUGGCAGGGCUGUUGAGCAUUUAAGCGAAAUGUGGUUUGAAGGCCUGGAGAUCGAUUCUGUGACGAUGCUCAGUGUUCUGCCUGCCUGUGCUGAAUUAGGUUACGAGCUUGUUGGAAGAGUGAUUCAUGGGUACUCUGUGAAAACUGGAUUACUGUGGGAGCUUGAGUCUUUGGAGAGAGGAGUAGAUGAAAAUCUGGGAUCCAAAUUGGUAUUCAUGUAUGUGAAAUGUGGUGAAUUGGGCUAUGCACGAAAGGUAUUUGAUGCAAUGUCAUCGAAAAGCAGCAUACACGUGUGGAAUCUACUGAUGGGUGGGUAUGCAAAGGUUGGUGAAUUUCAAGAAAGCCUAUUUCUUUUUGAGAAAAUGCAUGACAGUGGAAUUGCUCCGGAUGAGCACACCGUUUCAUGCCUUGUGAAGUGCGUCACUAGUUUGUAUAGUGCUAGGGAUGGCCUAGUGGUUCAUGGGUAUCUUUUGAAGUUGGGUUUUGGUGCACAGUGUGCAGUUUGCAAUGCAAUGAUAUCAUUCUAUGCGAAAUCCAAUAUGACUGAAGAAGCACUCUUGGUAUUUGAUGGAAUGCCUCAUCGAGAUGUCAUUUCUUGGAAUUCUAUCAUCAGUGGCUGCACUUUCAAUGGAUUACACAGCAGAGCUAUUGAGCUAUUUGUAAGAAUGUGGUUACAAGGACAGGAGUUGGAUUCAGCCACAUUGUUAAGUGUUUUGCCUGCUUGUGCACAGUUGCGCCAUUGGUUUCUAGGGAGAGUAGUUCAUGGGUAUUCUGUGAAAACUGGAUUGAUCGGCGAAACAUCUCUCGCUAAUGUUCUUCUUGAUAUGUACUCAAAUUGCUCAGAUUGGCGUAGCACCAAUAAGAUAUUCAGAAAUAUGGAUCAGAAAAAUGUUGUCUCAUGGACAGCAAUAAUUACGAGUUAUACCAGGGCUGGUCUUUUUGACAAAGUGGCUGGGUUACUCCAAGAAAUGGCAUUAGAAGGUAUCAGACCAGAUACCUUUGCAAUUACCGGUGCUCUUCAUGCUUUUGCUGGUAAUGAAUCGCAGAAACAUGGCAAAUCUGUACAUGCAUAUGCCAUCAGAAAUGGAAUGGAGAAGGUUCUUCCUGUUACCAAUGCGCUAAUGGAAAUGUAUGCCAAAUGUGGAAAGAUGGAGGAAGCAAGGUUGAUUUUUUAUGGUGCAGCGAGUAAGGAUAUGAUAUCAUGGAAUACACUGAUAGGAGGUUACUCCAGGAAUAAUCUUGCCAAUGAAGCGUUCAGUUUGUUCACUGAAAUGCUGCUCCAAUUCAGACCUAAUGCCGUGACCAUGACCUGCAUCCUUCCUGCUGUGGCAAGCCUUUCAUCCCUGGAGCGAGGCAGAGAGAUGCACACCUAUGCCCUACGAAGAGGGUACUUGGAAGACGAUUUUGUAGCCAACGCCCUCAUGGACAUGUAUGUUAAGUGUGGUGCAUUGCUGCUAUCUCGACGGCUGUUUGACAGGUUGAGCAGCAAGAACCUCAUCUCAUGGACCAUCAUGGUAGCGGGAUAUGGCAUGCAUGGCCGUGGCAGGGAUGCCAUUGCUCUCUUUGAGCAGAUGAGGACCAGUGGCAUUAUGCCAGAUGCAGCCUCGUUCAGUGCCAUACUGUAUGCUUGCAGCCAUUCAGGUCUGAGAGACGAGGGAUGGAGAUUCUUCGAUGCGAUGCGUCGUGAACACAGAAUAGAGCCCAGGCUGAAGCACUACACCUGCAUGGUUGACCUACUAACCAACACCGGCAAUUUGAGGGAAGCUUACGAGUUCAUCGAGUCGAUGCCAGUCGAGCCAGAUUCAAGCAUAUGGGUCUCAUUGCUGAAUGGAUGCAGAAUUCACAGGGAUAUCAAGCUUGCAGAGGAGGUAGCAGAGAGGGUCUUUGAACUGGAACCUGAAAACACCGGGUACUACGUUCUUCUUGCCAACAUAUAUGCUGAAGCUGAGAGAUGGGAGGCUGUAAGGAAGCUCAGGAACAAGAUCGGCGGCCGAGGACUCCGGGAGAAAACUGGCUGCAGCUGGAUUGAGGCCAGGGGCAAAGUUCAGGUCUUCAUCGCGGGCAACCGGAAUCAUCCGCAGGGGGAGAGGAUCGCAGAGUUCCUGGAUGAAGUUGCCAGAAGAGUGCAGGAAGAAGGCCAUGACCCGAAGAAGAGAUAUGCUCUGAUGGGCGCUGACGACGCGGUGAACGGCGAAUCACUCUGCGGUCACAGCUCGAAGCUCGCCGUCGCGUUUGGGGUGCUGAAUCUGUCGGAAGGGCGCCCGAUCCGCGUGACGAAGAACUCGAGGGUUUGCACCCACUGCCACGAGGCCGCCAAGUUCAUAUCCAAGAUGUGCAGCAGGGAGAUCAUACUGAGGGAUUCCAACAGGUUCCAUCAUUUUGAACAAGGCAGGUGCUCUUGCAGAGGUUACUGGUAACAACACCACUGCUAUGUGACAGUAAUUAGUGAAUCGGCUUGCCAGCUGCAGCAUGUUCAUAGCUGUUGCUAGAAAUAUUAGCAUGUAAUAUCGCUGUAUCACAAUCACAACGUUUGGGGACAUGCCUUUGGCCCAGGUCUUUUCGCGCAGGAUUCUCCAGAAUCAAGAUUCUGGAAAGCUGCCCACAGAAUCUGCACUAGGAUCCUAGUGAUAAUCGAUAGGGGUAUUCUCCUAUCUGAAACGUUUUGGGGGGAUUUUGAGUUGCACUAGGAUUCUCCAGAAUUCUGCCAAGAUAUCCAAAGCAAAAUCGAGCUCUUUUGUUUUGUUGAUUUUCCAGACCUAGAUUCUCCAGAAUCUGCUCAAAGGAACUGGGCCUUUGUAAGAAACAACAGUUACAAUUCUACGAAAUCAUAUGGAGAACAAAAGAUUUAAGCA